AUGAUCACCAUUACACCAGGGCUUUUGGCUUUUGACAGGAGAGAGACUUCCCUUCCUCCCCAUCCUGGAAACGGGGUCCACCCGCUUGAGGAGCGGUUAUCCAGGCAGGAAAGGACCACAGCUCUCCUCCUUGACCAGGCUUCCCAGAUUAAGGAUGACCUGGUCUCCUACCUCCAAGGACCUCGAGGGGACCAGCAAGGGGAGGCAGCUGCUCAGCAGGUGCUGCAAAGCCACGUACAGGCCGUUGUGGGUGCAGUCAAGCAGCUCCGCCAGGACGUUGAGGUUUUGGAAAUGCAAAUAAGAACAAGGGAUAAUGCCACAAUAGAAACUAACUUUGCUGUUCAAAGUCUGGACCGUAAAUAUAUCCAGGGUUUUGGAGACCUACGUGGAAGAGUGGCAAGAUGUGAAGCAAGCAUUGCGAAAUUAGCAGGAGACAUCAAUAUUAUCAAGCACGAGGCCCACAAGACUGAUAAAGAGAUUUAUGGCGUUCGCUCUGCCCUUGAAAAGUCUGUUAGUGAUUUUGAGAAAAAGGUAAUGCAGCUAUUAGGGAAGAUAGAGACUUCCAACUCUGAUCAAAGCUCAAAUUUAAAGACAGUCCAGGGAGAUCAACAUCACGAAUUGCAACUUCUGGAUUUCAAGUUGACAAGUAUUCUGAAUGACUUCAAAGAUCAAAUACAGAACCAGCGGAAGUGGACGGAGGUGCAGCUGACAAGGUCCGAGCAAGAUCAAGCCUACCACAGGAAUCAGCUGCUUCAUUCGAUGAAGGAGAGACUGGAAACAGCAGAAAAAAGACUAGAAGACAAGCUUCUACUUCUGUCACUGAAGCUAGAAAGAACAGAUAAACCACACAAGUAUGAAAAGCAGUUGAAUCAGAUGAAGAAUGAUGAAAAAACCCUGCAUGCAAGAAUCACUACAUUUGAAAGACAGAUCUGGAAUGAGUUGGAGGAAAUCCAAAAUGAAUAUAGAGCAGGAUUUCAAUCCAUUCGUGAGUCUCUGGAGUUGCUCAAACAAAUACAGAACACAAAGCUGAAACUUGAAAAAAAGAAAAUUCAGAAAGACAUGACAAAGAUAUGACGCAACUGAACUCCCAGAAGUCCGAACUGCAAGAGCAAGACUUCCAGCAUUUGCAGGUGCCCUAUCCACUGAGAAGCGACAAUGGUUUAAAGAUUGAAAGAAAGAAAAAGGUUUUAGAAACACUUGCUCGUUUUUCCCAUCCCCGUAGGAUGUUAUUGCUAUGUAUCAUGUUGUGCAGCCACAAGUGCAAUGGUUCUGCAACACCAAAGAUCUUUUUCAUGCUGAUUUUACAACAAAAAAGUAUUCCAGUGUAGGAAAAAAAAAAAAGCUUAAGGAUUGACUUAAAAUUUGACAAGCAAAUUUCAUACGAAGUUAUUCAUGUUAUUUUAAGGAUGUUUAGAAAUCAAUCAUUGAGUUCUAAAGCACUGUUAGCCCACUCUUACCCUAAACUGCACUGGUUUUAGGUUGGUACCAAGAUUGAAAUCAGGCCUAGUAAACUCCUACAGCUCCACACAGUAGGUACGUAGUAACAGCAUUAUGAAAACUGAUAACAGAAUAUGUACUGAUGCAUGAUUUUGAUUGAUUAUAAAAAAAAGUUACUGGAUCAUCAAAAGUAGCUAAUAAAA